GGAAUAGAACAGAAGAGAAGUAGAAGACCCCGGCCUAGUAGAAGCUUUUGCGGCGCGCUCUUCAAUUAAAAAUCGCAUAUUUCAAUUAAUUGAGCAACAAUUUGCCAAUGAACUUCAAUUAAAAGUGGAAAUUGUGAAUUUUCUUACAACAUACUCGUACAAUUACAACCUACUGCCGUUUAUAAAACAUUCAUCAUGAUUGAAAAUAACAAUCAAAGUAGUGAUAGUAAAACAAAAGAGACCGAUGCAGUAGACAGUAGUGCUCCCGUAGAUUUUGAAAGAGCCAUCGAAGCUGCGGGCUUUGGACUUUUCAAUGUCAUCCUUCUGCUGGUGAGCAUACCGGCGGCGUUUGCCAGUACGUUUGAGUCCUCGACCAUGUCCUUCAUCCUGCCCGUUGCCGAAUGCGAUCUUCACCUGACACUCACCGACAAGGGCGUUUUAAAUGCUGUCGCCUAUGGCGGCAUGACUGUCUCGGCAAUUGCUUGGGGCUACUUGGCCGACACGAAGGGACGAAGGAAGGUCCUCAUGUAUGGAUUUUUGGUUGACGCUUUUUGUGUGUUUGGCAGCGCGAUAAGUCAGAACUUUGCGAUGUUGGUCAUAUUUAAGUUUCUGGGAGGAUUGGUGAUCAAUGGACCAGCAGCAGUGCUCUACACCUAUUUAACGGAACUGCACGGCGCCAAGCACAGAUCUCAGGUACUGCUGGUACUGGGUAUGGUAAUGUCGGCUGCUCAGUUGGCGCUACCUCUGCUGGCUUGGGGCAUUUUUCCGAGAGAAUGGGACUUUGAGAUAUUUGGUUUUCUAAAUAUUCAUAGCUGGCACGUUUUUCUGUUUGUCUGUGGAGUGCCGAGUCUAAUAAGCGGCCUUAUACUGUCUAUAUUACCCGAGAGUCCAAGAUUCCUUAUGAGCCAGGGUCGUAAUGCGGAGGCCUUGCAGGCACUGCAAAAAAUUUACGUAUACAAUACACGUUUACCCAAGGAGACGUAUCCGGUCAAGGAACUGGUUGAAGAGGUACCCAGUCGCGAUGCGAACAAAGACGAGGUAAUCUAUACUAUUGAGGCGAAAGCCGGGCAUAAGAAGCCGCACUCGCGCACCUUCACCGAAAGCCUGCGAUCUGGAAUGAAGCAGGUGAAGCCAAUGUUUCAAAAACCCCUCCUGGGUCUUUCCCUGCACUGCUACACCAUGCAGUUCUGUAUCUUGCUGAGCAUGAACACGAUUCGGCUCUGGCUGCCCCAGCUGUUCGCCUCCAUGGCCGAGUACGAGGCGUUCCAUGCAAACGAUGGGGAAAAAGUAUCGGCAGACAUAUGCACAAUCUUGGAGUAUAGCAUCAACAGAACGGCUGAGACAGCAACGGAUUACGAGAGUGUUUGCUUAGAGCCCAAGCCAAUUUCCAUGGACAUGUACACGAAUAACAUUAUAAUCUCAGCUGUUGGAUUCGUUAGCUACUUCUUCGCAGGUGGCUUGAUGCGUGCUUUGGGUGGCAAGCGGUUGCUAGUCUAUGGCCUUUUUAUAUCGGGCAUCUUGGGAAUGAUACUGUAUUGGUCCGUUAACAGUCUUAUGACGCUCAUUGUGUCGGCGGCCUUCAUUACAGUGUCGGGCAUUGCCACCGUAUCUUUGCUGGGAGCCGUCGUUGCCUUAUUUCCCACAUCUUUGCGUUCGCUGGUAGUUGCCAUUGCCAUGAUGUGUGGCAGAUUUGGUGCCCUGUCCGGUAACCUACUCUUCCCCAUUUUCAUACAAAUCGGAUGCAUACCGCCCUUCCUGAUGGUAGCAUUGGUAAUGCUGUUUGCUGCUAUGCUAGCCAUAUUCGUGCCAAAUCCCAAUAAGACAGAGUUCUCUUAGUUCAGAUCAUGAUUCAUCUUAUAUUUAUGCAUUCAUUACUAUCAAUUGGAGGCAUCGUUAAAAGUUACUUGUUGUUAUAGCACUUAGUUGUGCACUUAAGCAUUGGGGCAAACAAAUAGCGUCUGCUUCUUCAAGCGUUCCAAACAUAGGCAUAUUUACUUACACCAUGAAAGGUUCCGUGAAGUUUGGUUGGACAAGGUAUAUUGAAAUGAAUCAGUAAAGUGCAAUCUACUUAUAUAUAUUUUUUUUUUGCUAUUAAUAUGCAACGUAGGUAUUAAAAUAUAUUCCCUAAAAACAACGAUGAAAUUCCAAAAAUUUUAUAAAAUUGUAUCUCAAGUAGUUUAUAAAGAAUCUAAGUAGAGCAAAGCUACAAAGAAAUUAUCUUGUCUUCAGAUUAGACAAUUUAGAAUAUUUAAUGUUUAAUGGUCCUACUAUUUGUAAGUAGAAUUUGUAUAUUUGAAUAUUUUAUCGAUAUUUAUUUUGUGUGAUAGGUGAUUGAAAUUACUCGUGUAAACUAAAUAAAUUGUAAUAUUUAAAUUGAAAAUCUGAA